GGUGGGCAAUUUACCUCACAUAUCACCUCAGAGGAGAAGGUAUGUAGGUUAUUGAACGCGUUAACAGCUCCCUUGUCGGUCGCUUGUUUUUCGAGAGAACAUCGCUCGCAGUGAAGAAUGUUUUCUGCCUGUGUCGCGCGCACGCAUACAUGCACAGCGCGGCCAGCGCGAGAAAGAAGUGAAGCGCAUCCGCCGAGGCAGCAGCAUCGGAGUCGCACGGAUAUCCUCACUCGGAUUGCUUUUACAUACCAGGGCUAGCCCUCACCUAUGUGCUUUUCCCAUGGAUAUGCAACUCCUCAACUGCUUGGAAUAUAUACAUUUACAUUCGCAAUAGCGGUCGACUCAAAUUAUAAAGCGCGCACCUCUGCGUAACGCACAGGCGGUGGAUUGUGAUGUGCGCAUUCGGUGGUGUAUUGGAGAUGAAAGGAAGGAUUGGAUCGGACAGGGUUUGAUAAGGACCCGUAAAAGGGGGAGCAGCUUUAGUUUAUAACCCCUGCGACUGGACACAUUCUGGUUUUACGCAUCAUUUCUACUCAAGAGAUCGAGUGCGCGAGAGCCUGUACUAUUGCAUAUCAUGUCAUUUCUCUUUGACUGAUCGCAGCAUCCAAGAGGAACCUAAAGAUUGCGAUGCCAGGACAGUGAGAAGGUGGAUCUCAAUUGUUCGGUAGCAUGGCUCCGUCCCGGAGGGACUGCAGAUGUGACAUGAUCUUUCUUUCGGGAUGCCUACUCCUGUCCGUCUUGGGAUUUCAUCCUGCAUUGGCGAAGGUCUGCAACGAUUACACAAGGCACGGCCUGGACAACAACUGGUACACGAGAGAUGGUGAGAAGUUGCCCAUCAUGGUCCUGAUGCCGAUGAAUGAAUCAGCGCUGAUGAGCAGCAUCAGUCAAGGCAUCGAGCCGGCCGUUCAGCUGGCCAUCCAGCACAUCCGCGAGUCCAGGCAGUACUCCUUCUCGCUCAUCACCAAAAUCUACGACACGGAGUGUGACAACGCAAAGGGAUUGCGGGCCUUUUUUGAUGCAAUCUGCUACGGUCCGAAACAUUUGAUGAUCUUUGGAGGAGUGUGUCCGUCAGUGACUUCGAUCAUCGCCGAAUCGUUGGAGGGGUGGAACCUUGUGCAGCUUUCUUUUGCAGCCACAACUCCUGUCCUGGCAGACAGGAAAAAGUAUCCAAAUUUCUUUAGGACCGUCCCAUCAGACAAUGCUGUGAACCCUGCUGUAGUGAAGUUUCUCAACUAUUACAACUGGAGCAGAGUGGGAACUCUGACCCAGGAUGUCCAGCGCUUUUCUGAGGUGCGGAAUGAUUUGACCAAUGAGCUGGAGAAGGCAGACAUCCAGAUUGCAGACACUGAGAGUUUCUCUAAUGAUCCCUGUGUGAAUGUGAAGAAACUAAAGGAUAAUGAUGUUCGGAUCAUCAUCGGUCAGUUUGAUGAGAAUCUGGCCGCUAAAGUCUUCUGCUGUGCCUACAACCUGAACAUGUAUGGCAGUAAGUACCAGUGGAUCAUCCCAGGAUGGUACCAGGGGAAUUGGUGGGAACAGGCGAAUUCCACAAACUGCACCACUAAGAAGCUGCUGACAGCCAUGGAGGGCUACAUCAGCGUAGAUUUUGAGCCUCUCAGUGCCAAACAGAUUAAAGGAAUAUCAGGAAGAAUGCCGCAGGAGUACGAGAGGGAGUACAACCGUGAGCGAGAGCAGAAAGGAGUGGAGGCCAGCAAGUUCCACGGCUUUGCCUACGAUGGCAUGUGGGUGAUUGCGAAGACCCUCACACGUGUCAUGGAGCUCCUCAGACACAAGGAGAGGCACGACAUGUACCACAACUUCACGGUGGAUGACCGCGAGGUGGGCAAAAUGGUUCUGGACGUGAUGAACGAAACCAACUUCUUUGGAGUGACGGGUCAGGUGAUGUUCAGGAACGGGGAACGCAUGGGAACCAUAAAAUUCACCCAGUUUCAAGAGGGUCAAGAGAUGAAGGUGGGUGAGUACAAUGCCAUUGCAGAUGUACUGGACCUUAUCAACAACACCAUCAGGUUCCAAGGUGUUGAACCGCCGAAGGAUCGGACGUUUGUGCGUCUGCAGCGCCGGCAAAUAAAUGUCCCCCUCUACAGCAUCCUGUCUACCAUCACUAUCCUGGGCAUGCUCAUGGGAGGAGCCUUCCUCUUCUUUAACAUCAAAAACCGCAACCACAGGCUGAUCAAAAUGUCGAGUCCCUAUAUGAACAACCUGAUCAUUCUAGGGGGCAUGCUGUCAUACGCCUCCAUUUUCCUCUUUGGUCUGGAUGGAUCCUUUGUGUCAGACAAGGAAUUCGAGACCCUCUGUACUGUCCGUACAUGGAUCCUUAUUGUGGGUUACACAACAGCGUUUGGUGCCAUGUUUGCAAAGACCUGGAGAGUGCACGCCAUCUUCAAGAAUGUAAAAAUGAAGAAGAAGAUUAUCAAGGACCAGAAGCUCUUUAUCAUCGUGGGUGGCAUGUUGCUGAUUGAUUUGUGCAUCCUCAUAUGCUGGCAGAUCGUGGAUCCCCUGAAGAGAACGGUGGAAGAGUACAGCUUGGAGGCGGAUCCUCAGGGACGAGACAUCUCAAUCCGGCCCUUCCUGGAGCACUGCGAGAACACGCACAUGACCAUUUGGCUGGGGAUUGUCUAUGCCUACAAAGGCCUCCUUAUGCUGUUUGGAUGUUUCUUGGCCUGGGAGACCAGAAAUGUGAGCAUUCCAGCACUGAAUGACAGCAAGUACAUCGGCAUGAGUGUGUAUAAUGUGGGCAUCAUGUGUAUCAUCGGGGCAGCGGUGUCCUUCCUGACCCGGGAUCAGCCUAAUGUGCAGUUCUGCAUCGUGGCACUGGUCAUCAUCUUCUGCAGCACCAUCACGCUGUGUCUGGUUUUUGUGCCAAAAUUUAUCACAAUGCGUACAAACCCGGAUGCUGCCACACAGAACCGGAGGUUAAAGUUCACCCAGAACCAGAAGAAGGAAGAUUCCAAGACGUCCACCUCAGUAACCAGUGUUAACCAGGCCAACACUUCCCGUCUGGAUGGAUUACAGUCAGACAACCACCGCCUCCGAAUGAGAAUUACAGAGCUGGAUAAGGAACUGGAAGAGGUGACCAUGCAACUCCAGGACACUCCAGAAAAGACUCCAUACAUUAAACAAAACCACUACCAAGAUGUCAACAAUAUUCUGAGCAUACGCAACUUCACUGAUGGCAAAGAUGGAGAGAAAUCUCUGAAGAACCACUUAGAGCAGAAACCCCAGGCUCAGUGGGGAUCCAUGGAUCCUUCUAGGAUAAGCAGAGGUCCACUAGAAGACAUCAACUCACCAGAACACAUACAGCGCAGGCUGUCCCUGCAGCUGCCAAUCCUGCAUCACGCCUAUCUGCCCUCCAUAGGAGGGGUGGACGCGAGCUGCAGCAGUCCCACGAGCAGCCCAGCCUCCAGCCCGCACCACAGACACAUGCCCCCCUCCUACAGGGUGAUGGUGUCCGGCCUGUGAGGCCCGCCGCCUGCCCUGCACUCCGAAGAAGCGAUCAGCUUUUUUAUUUUAAGACAGACUGAGCAAUAUCAGCGGUUAAACAGAAGCGUGUGAGCAACCCAGGGGGGUCCAACUCUUCAUGCAUUCGUGACCCCCCCUCCCACCAUCCAUGGCCACAUCAGAGCAGAACUGAUCUUUCAGGCUAGGAGGGAGGUGACCGGAUGUCCUCACAUGGCAACCCAACCCAGACUCCCAUCCUCUCGGUCCCGUCACCUCCCAUUCCUAACUCGAUGGACUCAACGCCCCCCACCCCCCUAAACAGCAGUGCGGAUCAACGGAGGACAGGAGCUGUAGCCUUGCCUGGUAAAAAAAAGAGACGCUUCCGCCGGCAGCCUUUCCACGUUAUCCGUGCACAUCGGUUCUGCUGGAACUUGCGGGAAAUGGGCAGCGUAUGUGACCGAGGACUCCACCUCUUUAUUCACCACGUCAACAGCCAUGUAAAUACCAUAUUCGAACAUCAAAGUGAGCUUUGAAUAUGCUGUGAAAUUAAUUAUUCUGAUGAGGCCUGGUGCUCGGAGAACUUUACAAACAGCCGACGAACCAGGAAGAGACACGUACGCCGUUGCAACCGGUAUGAAUUUGUUGUAUUGCUUCAGUGUCCCAAUGGUGUGAAAAAGUGGUUAAUAGUAAAUAAGACUAUUAGCAUCUCAAAUUUAUAGACGUGUACCGCACAUUGUCUUUCUUCAAAAAACAGCUAGCAUCAUGUUGGCCUAUCCUGGUAUCAAGAGUAUCAAAAGUACUACAUCGAUUUAUUGCAAGUAAUGUCACGUUAGAGGUUGCGCAUGUGUGACCUCAAAGAGCCACAGGUCCAGCCGAGAGGGACGUAAGAGACGAAACCGGCGAUUUUAGAGGGCCAGUCUUCCAUUACAGCCGAGCGAGUUGAUCCUGCAUAUCGGGACUGAAACACACAAAUGCAGCCCUAUGCUUGGGAUGUACGAUAGCCGUCACGUGACCGGCUGUUACAGAACAAGAAGACUCACAAAUUGCGAUAAUAACAGGGAAGUGGUACGCCAUGCAGAGCAAAACCAAAAUAUCCUCACAGAAAGCUGCGAGGUUACACAAAAGAAGCGGUCCACACAGCAAGACAGAAGAACGAUAUUGUAUUAAACAGUGGGACUGAAAAAUUAGCACAAGUGUAAUUAACUUAAUAAGAGCAAGUCAUGUAUGAACAAAGCCUCGUUUUGACUUUCCGGUGCAGUCUCUCAGUUUACCCGCCCUCUGUUUAUUUCUUUUUUUUU